CGAAGAACCCAAAUUUGAAUUCGAAUCUACUUAGCUAACUAGCAACCAUAGCCUUACUGUUCAUGAAACUUAAAUCCAACUAACCUGUACAAAUGAUGUCGCAAAACAUUGAAAAAUACGGUUAUCCCAAUUUCGUGAUGGAGAACCAACCGGAUAACCAAUUAGGGACCACUGCAAGCUCUGAUCAGGAGUUUGAGUCUUGGUGUUCAAGUAUUCUGGUUGAGACAUCCAUAGGACUUGAAUGGGACUAUGAGGGUCUCAUUGGGCUGGGGGACCAAUCGUGGGACUCAUAUGAAGGUCCCUCCCCGGUUACACAGCAAUUUCAAUGGAACAGUGAAGAUUAUGCCUUUCCCCUGGAUCCAUAUUGGGGUUAUUAUGAAGGGCCAUCCCUAGACUUGGAUGGAAUAGCACAACGACUUGAAUGGAAUAGUGAAGAUUAUGCCUUUCUCUUGGACCCAUAUUGGGACCCGCUUGAAGGUUCAUCCCUAGACUUGGAUGAAAUAACACAAGGACUUGAAUGGAACAGUGAUGAUUAUGCCUUUCCCCUGGAUAACCAAUAGAGAUGGCAAAGAAACCCGCCAGAAAUGCUUUAAAUAUUGCGGAUAUUUGCCAGAAUUUCGAGAGCAAAGCGACCUAGUCAACUCCCAACCCUGAAGCUGAUCGAGUAUAUAUUGAUUCAUAUCAGAUACAUUUUUAAAGAAAAUUUACACUAUAGGAAACGGUUUAUUAAGAAGACAUUGGAACUCUUGGAGGUUUCUGAGUAACCCAAGAUUUUCCAUAGAGAAGAGACAAUUGAAGACAAAAACCAAUUGUUUUAGUGAACUCUAGACACCGAAGGCAUUGCCAUAAAUCGACCCAU